ACCCAGCGGCGCGUGACGUAGGAGGAAGAAGACGCCAUUAGGGGGGAGGGGGAAGUAGGGCGGUCGGCUGUGGGGACGUUUUGGCUCUCACCUCCCCGCGCUGCUCCUCCCCCGCGGCCUUGGCGGCACCUUCCCCCCCCUCGCCCCGCUCCGGUUCCCUGCCGCGACACCCCUUCCCUCACCCCCCCAUCCCCCCCCGCGGGUACCCGUCCCGCCGGAGCCGGUGGGUGGCGGCGGCGCCCCGCGGCGCGGGCGGUUCAUGUGAGGCGGCGGCGGCCCGGCUCGGCGGCGGGGCGCGGAUGGCGGCGGGGGCCGGCGCGGCGGCCGGGGGCCGCAGCUUCUCCUUCAAGGUGGUGCUGCUCGGGGAGGGCUGCGUGGGGAAAACCUCCCUGGUGCUGCGCUACUGCGAGAACAAGUUCAACGACAAGCACAUCACCACCCUGCAGGCAUCUUUUCUUACAAAGAAGCUAAAUAUUGGUGGGAAAAGAGUAAAUCUUGCAAUAUGGGAUACAGCAGGUCAAGAAAGAUUUCAUGCAUUGGGGCCAAUCUACUACAGAGAUUCUAACGGAGCUAUUCUAGUAUAUGAUAUAACAGAUGAAGACUCUUUUCAGAAGGUAAAAAACUGGGUUAAGGAAUUAAGAAAAAUGUUGGGAAAUGAAAUCUGUUUAUGUAUAGUAGGUAACAAGAUAGACUUGGAAAAAGAGAGGCAUGUUUCAGUGCAAGAAGCAGAAACGUAUGCUGAAUCUGUUGGAGCAAAACAUUAUCAUACUUCAGCUAAACAGAAUAAAGGAAUUGAAGAACUGUUUCUUGACCUUUGUAAAAGAAUGAUAGAAACAGCUCAAGUGGAUGAAAGAGCAAGAGGGAAUGGUUCCAGUCAGUCAGGAACAGCAAGGCGAGGUGUACAGAUUAUUGAUGAUGAGCCACAAGUACAGAGCAGUGGAGGGUGCUGUUCUUCUGGAUAACUAUAAAACUGUGCGUCAUUGCCCUCUCAAUAUGAAGACUGCCAUAUUCCAAGUCACGCAUUCUUUACCAAUGGAGUAAUAGAAUUAACAGUAUUUAAAAAUAAUCACUUAUAACACUGCAGAGACCUUAAGUGCUAAACUAGUGGCGUCUGUGACCAGAGAAUUGGCAUUUUCUACAGUGGUUAACAAAGCAAUUACCAAUGGCCUUUUUACAUAUUUUUUCUUUAAUGAGGAAUAAUAUGCAUGUAGAAAAUACCUACUUAAAGGCUUCAUUUAUAUUCUUUUAAAUCAGAUCAUUAUUUAAUAACUUAUAUACAUUGUUGUUGGAAUGGUAUACGUUUUUGCAGCUCUUUGUAUUUUGUGGUAGAUUGAAUUGUAUCACUUCUAAAAUGCAAAUUUUUUUUUAAUUAGCAGAUAUCUGAAGUAAUAUUUUUGCAGGGCCUCCACAAGCCUAUAAUUGUCAACUACUUUGAUAUACUCUGUUCAUCCUGUAUGCCAAGCUGGUAAAAUACAUUGUAAAUUACAUAUUAAAUAUUUUAUCUGCUUUUACAAAUGCAGGUGCAGAAAUAUGUACAGCAGUCUUGUCAGUGAUUGUGAGGUGAAUAAGUCAGUGAAAAGACGCAAGCUUUUCAUGUGUACUGUUGAAUUGCUCACUCUAUUCCUCCUCCUUGAAAACAGCUUUUUUUUAGUAUAUUCAUAGCUACAGCAAUUUUUUUAAGCCUUUUUUCUGGCAAGCAGCAGUGUUUAGAGUACCUCCUUAGUGGGGAGGGAAUGCUUCCUAGACUGCUGUUUAAGAUGGAGGUGUUUGACCCCCAACUAAAGCAGCUGGAGCAUGCUUAUAUCUUGCCUCUGCAGUUGCUUCAGCCUCUCAGAAUAGCCCCAGAAGUCAAAGCAAACUUAGCCCUUGUCUGUCUGGUAGCCAGUAAACCAGAGGCAUGGGAAACUCUUAAGGUGUAUUAAUACAUUUGUGUCCCAAGAUGGCAUUAUAAACUAUUAAUGAGCAUAAGGGAUUUUCUGUAUUGCAGGGCUUGAGUAACUAAGUGAAUUAGUGUUAACUAAAACUACUUCUGCUUUGGAGUGAUUAUGUGGGAGAUGUAAAACUUGCCAGAUGCAAUUGUAACUGUGGGGAUACUAGACGGAGCUGAACUUACUCCUGACUUGCUCUUUCUCUUGUAAAGCUUUUUGAAGCCCAGUUAAGGUUUGGGAGGAAGGUUUUCAGAAACACAAUGUAUAAAUUACUAUCACAGAAGGAACACAAAUGGUGGCAGUUGAAACUUCAAAAUGUUUCGUGCUCUGACUUUUUUUAUCUAAGUUGUUGUGCUUGGAAAAACAGUAAAGGUGAUGUCUAUGACAAAAUAGAAUAUUCCUUGGCCUUCCUUUUUCUGAAGGGCAGAAUUAGUAUUGCAUAUGAAUACACUGAAUGGGGUGGGAAUGUUCUGAUGCACAACAGUAGUAGUAACUAAUUAGUUUGGCAUGUAAGAGAAGUGUGCUGUCUUCAACCUGAUUUUUCUCUGAAAUUAUAGAUGGCUUUGCUAUAAACUGUUCCUGAUGCAUUUUUUUCCCCUUUUGUCUGAACUGUGGUGUGGAUACUUUCCAUUAAGCUAAUACUGGGGUGUUCUUCUAACAUGGUUGCAUGUAUGACAAAGGUGAUCUGUUCUUGCUAGUGAAGAUAAAACUGUUUCUUGACUGUA